AUGAAUUUGGAUUACACCUUCAGAAACCUGCAGACUUUUCCUGAAAAUUUAUGUGCUUUUCCUUUGAUAAAGAUAAUUCGACUUUCAGGCAACCUGCUCACAGAUAUACCAGCUUUGUCUUGUCUCCCAAGCUUGGAGAUUCUAUUACUUGCCAGAAACAAGAUCAGUGCUCUAAAGAAAGUUUCGUUAAUCCACAAUAAAAAUCUUAAAUAUGUUGACUUAUCCUAUAACUUGAUCGCGUACAUAGAAACAGGGGUUUUGGAGCUCUCAUCCUUCCACACUAUUAUUCUGAAAGGUAACUUUUUAAUGUCACUGGAUGUAAGAGAUUUCGCCAUUGUAAGACCAUUCUGUCUGGUGGAUCUUUCCUAUAACAAACUAGAAGUUCUAGUAAACAACUACAAUUGGACUGUUAAUAAGAGUGUCAGCUAUUCUGGAGGCUUUAUUAACGCAACACACAAUAACAUCCGAGAACUUCCACACUGGAGAAAAGUAGGAUUUCCAGAUCUUACCGAUAUCGGGAAAAUUAUUUAUUUUGGAAUUGAUAUUCGGUACAAUCCAAUUACUUGUGAUUGUAAAUUGGCAGAACCUAUGGCUUAUUUUAAACCAUUGACAGAGCACAUAGAUCGAAAUUAUUUUUAUAUGUUUUGUCAGAGUCCGCCAGCUUUAAAUGGAAGUUUACUUAUAAAUUUUCUUGAGGGAGAUCGGAUUUCAGAGCUUAUUUGUGAUUAUACAGGUCAGCCAUUGUGUCCUCAAGGAUGUUCCUGUCUAAAAUCACCAAGAUAUUUAAGCGCUGGAGAGACCCGGCUGGUCUUUACGCUGCGCAUAAAUUGUUCACAGUCGAAUAUUCAACGAUUACCUCACAUUCUUCCAGAAACUGAUGAAAUAGAAUUUUAUCUUCGUGGAAGCGCUAUCAGUCACAUUAAAAAGGAGCAUUAUUUGUCGCGCGUCUCUGUUGUAGAAUUGCCAAUAGUGCCAUCCUUUGAGCACGGGGCCUUAGGAAAAAUGAACAGACUAAAAGAAUUUUCUGUUCCAAAAAAGUCACAAUUAGAUGGUAUACCGCGUGAGUUUUCUUGUUUUGAUCCCUGUAUUUUUCUGCAGAAGCAGGAUUUUACUGUUAAUUGUACCUGCUCACAUGUUUGGAUGCAUGACUGGCUGAUAACUAGAAAUCACGGAAACUGUAGUACUGGCUUUGCUUUUAAGUGUGCGCGUGGAAUCAGUGCUGAGGAAAUGAUAAGAUACAUUCCACAAAUGGAUUGCCAACAAGAAUCCGAUUAUUCAAUUUAUAUCUUAUUAUUAUAUUGUUCUUUUCUCAUCAUAUGUAUAGCUUUAUUUGCCGCCGUUGUUUAUAGAUAUAAGUAUGAAAUAAGGCUUUUCUAUAGAACCUCAAGAGCGUGUGAACGAUCACCAUCUCAAGGCGUGCUGGACCAGGACUCUGUCGUGUUUGUUUCCUACGAUGAGGAAAAUCAAGACUUGCAUUCAUGGAUUCUUAAAACACUAGAACCUUUUUUACUUCUGAAAGGUUUCCAUGUUUUCUUACCGACACGUGACCUGCCUCUUGGUAGUGUUCGUUCUGAUGAAAUAGCAUGGCAAAUCUCAGUGUCGAGAUUUUAUAUCGUUCACCUCUCUGUCAAUUACUUAAACGAAGACUCUCUUCAUACUUAUAAGGAGUGGAAUUGUAUUUGGGAAAGUUAUUUGGCCGACAGCAGAAAGAGGCUGCUUGUUAUUAAUUACGAUCUUAUCGAUGCUGCUGAUAUAUCCUGCAAUAAAAUGAGGUCCAUUUUGCAUGCUGGAGAUGUCGUUAAUUUCUCAAGAGGAGAGAAUUCGAUGUUUUCAAAAAUAUCAAAGACUCUUCGCUAGAUUGAGAGUUUUAUCAGAGAAAUCUGGAUAAGAUGAUUAUCAGAUAUCUAAAGGAUUACUCAAAUUCUAAGACCGAGAAAAAUACUCACGAAAAUAUUUACAGCAGUAAGGAACUUUAGCAGUAUGGUGCAACACCAUUUUUGAGAAGUGGUGUUAACCAAAUAUGGACGCUCAACAAACUCCUAAGAAAUUUUGAAAUCACAAAUUUUUGCCAAAAUCAAUAGCACCAAAAUAAGUUUUCAACAUUUUAUACAACAAUCUGCAAGAAUUAAAGACCAGCCUUUGCACAUCAUAGACAACUGCUUCUUCAUUAAAAAUAGAACUCGGAAAUUUUCAAUUCUUGUGAUUGGUUACAAACACUAUGU